UCUUGCAAUGAAACAGUGCACCAAUAAUUAUGGACCUGUAAUUUAAUGGCGCCUCUGGUCGUCUUCUUCUUGACACCAAAGUUGUUGCUUUCUUUGACUCUGUCUCAGAUUUUUGUGAGCUUCCGACAUUGACAGACAUGGGCAAAACUAGCAGAUGGAUAAGAAAUUUCUUGACAGGGACGACGAAGAAGGAUAGUAAUAAGGACAAGGACAGGUCCGAGAAAGAUCACUUUAAGGACGUCAGAGUCGCCGUCCAAACCCUAAAUUCCGCCGCCGACGCCCGGCCGGCGACUCCGGUGGCGCUGCCGCAGCCGACCACGCCUAAGGAGAAGCGCCGGUGGAGCUUCCGCCGCUCCUCCGCGACGGCGGGGAAUAAUUCCGACGAUCAGCACUUCACGGAAGGGGAGUCUAAGAAGCACGCAAUGGCGGUGGCUGCUGCCACCGCCGCCGCCGCCGAUGCGGCGGCGGCGGCAGCUAAGGCGGCUGCCGCUGUUGCUCAGCUCACGGCGGCGGCUGAGGCCGCCGCCGCCGUCAAAAUUCAGUCCGUUUUCCGGGCGUAUUUGGCGAGGAAGGCAUUGAAUGCGUUGAAAGGAUUGGUGAAAUUACAGGCGUUGGUAAGAGGUCAUCUUGUACGGAAACAGGCGACGGCGACGCUGCGGUGUAUGCAGGCGCUCGUGACCGUCCAAGCCCGGGCACGUGCGCAGCGCCUCCGCCUCACGGCGGAGGAACCAAAACCCGCCGCCGACCACCGCCACUUCCACCACCGGAAAUCUCUCCAAGAAAAUCCCCACCACGAAUUCACUCCCCCAACCCGCCGCCGGCCGGAUUCCGACAGAGCCCUCGAAGACAACAUAAAAAUCGUCGAAAUGGACGUCGCCGGCGCCGCCGCGUACAGCUACAAGCCUGCGACAAAAGCCCGAAACAGCAGCUAUUCAAACACCGACCACCACCGGAUCUCCGCCCAGCCGUCGCCGGCGGCGUCAGCGAUCACCGACAUGAGCCCGCGGGCCUGCAGCAACCACUUCGAAGAGUAUUCCUCGUUCGGGACAGCUCAGAGCAGCCCGCAGUGCUACUCGGGGCUAUCCAAACCCGACCCGACACGGACCCAGUAUCCGUACCCGAGAUCCGAGUACGGGGGCGGGGAAUCGCUGUCCCUAUACAACGAGUAUCCGUUCUACCCGAAUUACAUGGCGAAUACGGAGUCGUCGCGGGCCAAAGUCCGUUCCCACAGCGCCCCCAAGCAGCGGCCGGCGGAGGCGCCGCCGCCGCCGCCGUCGGCGUUCGAGCGGCAGGCGAGCCGCCGGCGGGCGUCGCUGGAAGGGAGGAACGUUCCGCGGGCGGUGAGGAUGCAGAGGUCGGCGUCGAAUGUGGGGCCGGGGGGUCAAAAUAAUAAUAAUAAUAAUAAUAAUAAUAGUAAUUAUAAUUAUAAUUAUUAUAAUUAUAGUAAUUAUAAUAAUAAUAAUAAUUAUCCUUGGUCGGUAAAGCUGGAUAGAUCGGCGAUGUCGCUAAAGGACAGCGAGUGUGGAUCGACAAGCACGGUUCUUACAAACGCCAAUUACUGCAGAUCUCUUGUGGGAUUUGAGGUGAAUGGAAGCAGGUACUGACUGAAUGUGGGUGAAGGACGAAUAAUUUGAGUCCCUUUUACAUUAAGCCAAUCCUAUUCAUUUGUAAUAAUCCAUCUGUCUAUUUUUCUUGUUUUUAUUACAUGAUUUAAAUCUCGAUGUUGUGUGACAAUGUCUUUUGUUAAUCUUGGUUUGAUGUUUGUGAUUUGUUUUGUCGAACUCCUGUAAGAAUGUUGUUAACUGUAAUAUUUGUUCA